AUGUCGGACCCAGUAUCCAAGGUAGUGCCUGUUGCGGCGGAGACAACCGCGGAGACGGAACCCAAGCCGAUCGACACAAAGCCAAGUGACACAGACACAACAGACACAAAGCAAAGUGACUCAGACACAAAGCCAGACACAACCACCGCCGACCAUGCCAACACAUCCACCUCAGCCAAAGUGGAGGAGGAUAUCGAGAUGACUGACGCCACUGAUGCUGCGGCUGGUGCUACGGCUGCUACUAACGACACUGGUGAUGAUGCUCCGGGUGAUGACGCCACCAACAUCAACCCCGCAGACAUUGGCGACGAUCCCAACGACCCCGAUGUGGACGAGGAUGCGCUGCACGAGGACGACGAGGACGACAAGCUGCCGCAGCCCAAACCAAAGUCCAAGGAGAGCAGCGCAGCCUUGGAUGGCGACGAGGAGACCAAACCGGCCACUCCAGCACCUCGAAAGCGAGGCCGGCCCCCGGGAUCUAAAAACAAGGCCACACUCGUGCGGGAGAGCGAAAUGGAGGAGGACGAGGAGGCUCUCAAGCUGACGUCGUUUUCCGCCGUUGGAGGAUUCGGACCUGGAGGCGCUGGAGGAGCAAUGCGGUCUGGAUCAGCCCGAUGGGCCGCCCGAGGCCGAGGCUCGCGAGGAGGAACGUCCCAUCUCGUCAUGGUACCGCGGGAUGAAAACGGAAACCCCUACCCCGUGGAGGAUGAUGAGCUGCUGCUCCCCGAAGAUCCUGCCGGCGAGGUUAAGGUCAACAAGCUGGGAGAGCUGCAGGGAGGACGAGAGUACCGAGUGCGAACAUUCACGGUGCUGGGACGAGGCCGACGACUGUACAUGUUGUCGACCGAGCCUGCUCGAUGUAUGGGUUUCCGAGACUCGUAUUUGCUGUUCCAAAAACACCGGCGUCUGCACAAGGUGAUUGCUGAUGAAGGCGAGAAGUUUGAUCUAAUUGAGCGAGACAUCAUCCCCCACUCCUACAAGGGCCGGUCCAUUGGUAUUGUGACUGCCCGGUCUGUGUUCCGAGAGUUUGGAGCCAAGAUUGUGCUUGGAGGAAAGAAGAUUAUCGACGACUACUACGUACAGGAGGCCGUUGACGCUGGCAGUGUGGAGGGUGAGAUUGCGGACCCCGAUGAUCCGUUCAACCAGGGCCGAGAGCACUCAAAGGACCAUUACGUAGCGUGGCUCGGUGGCGCUGGAGGUCUCGGAGCAGCAUCUGUGCCUGUUGUGCCCAUUAUGCCUCCGCCCAUCACGCAGGCGCCUCCCAAGCGUCGGAAGGCGAUUGGAGCCCAGCUGUCGCCACACUGGAUGUAUGACCACGCUCUAGCCGCUUCGCGUUUCAACUCGUCGUUGCUGGAGGAGCGACGCGAGGCUGACCCCAAGGGCUACAUUGUGGAGCCUCUGACGGGCGUGCGGUUUGUGCCUCAGCUGACGCAGCCGUCGGUGUCUGAGUGGUUCAAGGUUGGUCAAGGCAAGAAAACGGUUGUGACCGAGGAAAUGCAGUUCAGUCCGGUGACGAGGACGGGGCUGCAGGUUUCGUUUGAUUUGAACGAUAUCGAUAUUGACGAGAAUAUCAAGGAGGCCAUUCUGGAUCAGUUGGAGGUUGAGGGAACCACUAAUUUGUAG